CUCUUUCUCGCUUGAGGAAAUUAUGCCGAGAGGGGGUGGGACUAAUGAAACUAGAUUGGAGGAGUAAAUUGACGAGUCGACGCCUGCAUUUCCCUGUAAUCUUUCUUCUUGCUAUUUCGUAAUGCAAUUCAGGAGGCAGCAAGUACCCAGAAGCAACAUACAUCAGUCUGCCUUAGGAGAUUCCUUAUUCUAGAGAUUUUGCAGUGGAGGUUCAAUAUUUUGUAUGUGGAUUUAUUUUAACAAUCAAGCUACAUUUAUGUUAUGGCAUUUCCAGAACCCAAACCCAAGAAACCUGAGCUUCCCCAAAAACUGCUUGCUACAUUAGAAUGUAAACAAGGAGCUAUAAGAGCAGUGAGAUUCAAUGUGGAUGGAAAUUACUGUAUCACCUGUGGCAGUGACAAAUCACUUAAGCUUUGGAAUCCACACAAAGGGACUCUCCUCAAGACAUAUUGUGGCCAUGGCUAUGAAGUCCUAGAUGCUGCAGGGUCAUUUGAUAACAGCCAACUUUGUUCAUGUGGAGCAGACAAAACAGUUGUGCUAUGGGAUGUUGCCACAGGCCAAGUAAUUCGCAAGUUCCGGGGCCAUGCAGGGAAAGUGAAUUGUGUCCAGUUCAAUGAGGAGGCCACUGUCAUUCUUUCAGGUUCCAUUGACUCCAGUGUCCGUUGCUGGGAUUGCCGCUCUCGCAGACCAGAUCCAAUCCAAAUCUUGGAUGAAGCCAAAGAUGGCAUCUCCAGUCUGAAAGUCUCAGACUAUGAAAUUCUUACAGGUUCUGUGGAUGGACGUGUCCGACGUUAUGAUCUCCGUGCUGGAGAACUCUGUGCAGACUACAUUGGAAGUCCCAUUACCUGUGUAUGUUUCAGCAAGGAUGGGCAAUGCACACUGGCUGCUAGCUUGGAUUCUACACUGCGAUUGCUGGACAAGGAUACAGGCGAGCUACUAGGAGACUACACCGGCCACAAGAAUGUAACUUACAAGGUGGACUGCUGCCUGAGCGAAAGAGACACACAUAUUGGGAGCUGCUCAGAAGAUGGAAAAGUCUAUUUCUGGGAUCUGGUUGAGGGCUCCCUUGUUUUGGCCUUGCCAGUGUGCAAUACUGCUGUCCAGUCACUGUCCUUCCACCCAGUUGAAACCUGCCUGCUCACUGCUGCAGGGGGUCUUGUUCAGUGUUGGAGGGAAGAAUCUUACACAUCUGAGGAAGGAGUGCCUACAUGACUUUGUGGCUGCACUGAGCAAGACUGCAGAUACAGGAUGAUGGACCUCUCUGAUGCAUUUCUCUUACAAUUCUGUGAGUGCAGUUGUAUGUACUUUGCUUUCAGGAGGAAGGAUGGAGCAUAAUUUGGACUCUGCUUCUUCUGUAAAGCCAGCCUGACUGAAUGCUGCCCUUGAGCUUUCAGUGCUCAAAGGUUUCCUUGCUUUAGGUGACAGUAUUUUUAAAUUCAGUCUAUGUAUUACAGACAUUAGUCAAGUAAAACAGUUUAUUUUCUAAAAUUGUUUCUGGAUUAGAAGGAAAUAGAGUUUAAAUGAUAUGUGGGCAUUGUUUUAUUGUACGUUUUUGUGGCUCAGAUGCUUAAACUACAUAAACACUAGCCCUGAUUUUUCACUUGAACAAAUACAUUGAAAUGAUCACUGUAAAAAAAUAAAGUAAUAUUGAAAAGAAAAUAUACAUUUGCUUUCUUAGCCUGUUUAAAAUGUUUACCUGUUUAAAAUGACAGGAAAAAUAUUUUGAUUGCUGAUGGUUAGAAGUGGUCAGACCUUGUUGGUCACAUCUGCUUGGUUAGUCAAAUGCAUGUCUUUUUAAUUUUGCAUCUGAAUAG